GCAGCGGGUUGAGCCCUCCUCUUCCUGCCUGCUCUCCGCUCACUGCUUUAGGAAACGUGGCCUUAUCAGGACUCCAGCAGCACAGCGGUAGAUGAAUGACAGACUCCCCGCUUCAGCUUCCACUUCUAUCCGCCUGUCAGUUAACGCCACAGCCUCAACAGACCCCGAAGCCUCUCUCUGUGUGAAGAACAAUGUCUGAGGCUGAACAAAUCUCGGCCUCUGCUCCGGAGGCCGCCGCAUCGGCCGUCCUGGACGCCCUGAACGCCACGGACUCCAACGGGACCGAGGCGCUCAACGCCACGGCCAAAUUCGUGGCCACCCCGGAGGGCACGGCUCUGGCGUACGGCAGCCUGGUCUUCAUGGCGCUCCUGCCCAUCUUCUUCGGAGCCCUGCGGUCCGUCACCUGCUCCAAAUCCAAGGAGCUCGGAGAAAAUGAUUACGAUUCUGGGUUCAGAAAUGCAGCCGACAUGCCCGAGACCAUCACCAGUCGGGACGCAGCGAGGUUUCCCAUCAUCGCCAGCUGCACUCUAUUUGGGCUCUACCUCUUCUUCAAGGUAUUCUCUCAAGAGUACAUCAACCUGCUGCUGUCGGUCUACUUCUUCGUCCUGGGCGUCCUGGCUCUGUCUCACACUAUGAGUCCUCUGAUGUCCAGAGUCUUCCCAGCUUCUUUCCCAAACAAACAGUACCAGCUGCUCUUCACUCAGGGCUCCGGAGAGUCCAAAGAAGAAAUAGUCAAUUAUGAGUUUGACACUAAGAACCUGGUGUGUCUGCUCAUCAGCAGCGUGGUGGGAGUCUGGUACCUGCUCAAAAAGCACUGGAUAGCCAAUAACCUGUUUGGGCUGGCGUUUGCCCUGAACGGAGUGGAGCUGCUCCACCUGAACAACGUCAGCACCGGCUGUAUCCUGCUGGGGGGGCUGUUCAUCUACGACGUCUUCUGGGUGUUUGGGACCAACGUCAUGGUGACUGUUGCCAAGUCAUUUGAAGCACCAAUCAAAUUGGUGUUUCCACAGGACUUGUUGGAGAAAGGUCUGGAGGCCAGUAACUUUGCCAUGCUGGGACUGGGAGACAUUGUCAUCCCGGGUAUCUUCAUCGCUCUGCUGCUGCGCUUCGAUGUCAGCUUGAAUAAAAACAGCAGGACAUAUUUCUACUCCAGCUUCCUGGCCUACAUCUUUGGACUGGGCCUCACCAUCUUUGUCAUGCACACCUUCAAACAUGCACAGCCCGCCCUGCUGUACCUGGUGCCCGCCUGCGUCGGCUUCCCCGUCAUCAUAGCGCUGUUCAAAGGAGAGCUCACAGAGAUGUUCAGGUAUGAGGAGUCAUCUGAGGAGACUAAAGAGGAAGCGACAGAAUCAGAGAAGAAGGACCAAUAAUAUCCAUGUCACCCCCACCCCCUGCCCUCCCUCCUCCUUCAAAUACUUUUCAUCAUCAGCCUGCUGCCACCACAUUUCACUGAAGCCCCGCCCCCUCCAGUCUCUCCAGCUUGUCAGCCAGGGGAAACGGGGCUCAUGUUGCCAACGUGUUUGUCUCUGAUAACCAUGGGAGCGGCCGCCGACUGUUACCCGUGGUUACGACUGCCGUCGCGCUGCCAACGAUGAUGUUUGUAAUUAUUAAAAGUCGUUUCGGACCCGGUGCCUACCACGAAUCCUCUCACACAGGACCACGAAGUGGCGUGUCGGGGAACACCUGUCCAAUCGGAUCUCAUCAUGUGUUUGAAGCUCGCUGCUCAGAUAGGCAGGGAAACGAGAAGAAGCGCUUGUUUUAGCCUUUACACGGCCUCGAACGUGGACGGGUCAGACGGAAAAACGAGCGCUGCUGCCAUUUUCUUUCUUGUUUGUUACUUUUUUUCUCUGAAACCCUCAAACAAAGAACCGCUGAUGAUUGUGAGGAUCAUCCCCAGAAUCUGAUCCUGUAAAAAAGUCUGGAGGCGUGGGAACUCUCCAGAUGUGGUUCUUUGUUUCCGGGUGUCUCCGCUCACCAGGCGCUGCUCACACUGCCUUCUGCUCUGUCACAUCAGCAUCUUCUACUGGUUUUAUCUGUAUUUGUUUCUUAUAAUAGGCCAGAAUUUUAAACGGGAAAAACCCCGGCUAACAGUUUCAGUUUUUUAUGUAUACAGUUAUGUUGUCAUUUGUUAAAGCUGUAUUGUGUUUACAUCCACUUGUCUCCAUGCUGACUGUACGUGUGAGUUCUCCCUGUCUGUCCCGGCUGUUUGCCAGAGAAUAAAUCUGCUUUCCAAUCAGGCCUGUGGUGCUAACGUGGCUUCAAGUUAAACCCUGCAGCUGUAGGUCGUAGGGCCAUACAGCUGAGGCAGAGAAAGGAAGUAGAAACAGUCUGAGUAUUACAGGUUUUUAACCUAAAAUAUGGUUCCUGUUCCUGACGAGGAUUAAGUAGUUGGUUUGUUUUGGAAUUAGGAAAUUGGAGGUGAAUUGGUGCACAGAUGAGAGUUAAUAUCGUAGACAUGUCUAUAAAAGAUGAAAGAGUUCCAGUUGUAUAAUGUGUUGGAUUACAGGCCUCAGAAAUAUCUUCCUGAAUAGUUUAUGGCUCUUCCCAAAGUCAAGAGAGCUGCAACAAAGUCCCACGAGGUUCAUCCAGUCUUAAAAGCUUCCCUCUGAAAUUCAAGAGAAAGUAUUAAUUUCGUUUUUUGGGGUUUUUUUUCUUCUUCAAUUUUAUUCAAAAAACAUAACGCAGGUUGUUUGCUAUAAAGCGUUGAGGCCAACGUGUGACCUAGCUACCACUGGGACACAAAACUGAAUACAAGAGCAGCAAGUUUAGCUCAGUAAUAACAUAACAAUCCAACCACCACCUCUCGCCCAAUGGUAGCUGGGAUAGACUCCAACCUGCCUGUGAACCUGACAAUAAGCGGAAGAGGAUGACUGGAUAUAAAUUUAUAUAAAUAUUUAACUUACAUACUUGAGUAAAACUGAGUUGCUGUUAUCACUGCAGCCCACACGUUAGCAAUCAUUGGUCUACGACGUCGGUCACUAAAAUGUGAUACAGCAGGUUUGACUGACACGUCUCUGACCAAUGAGCACGUCAGACCUGCCCUCAAUGAUGCCACAGUGGCUGUCCAUCUUUUAUUUACAGUCUCUUAUGAAGGUUCUGGAGCUUUAUUGCACAGACGUGUAACAGAUACACUUUUUGUGGUGACAGAAAAAUGCCAAGGUGGUUUUUGUGGAAAAUGUUUAGAAACCAAAAGCACAGUUUGGAUUUCUUUGUGGAAAACGAGGGGGAGACUUGAACUCCGAUUUUGGUUCUUUAGUUCAGUGAGAAUAAUUAGUUAUAGCUCCAGGUGUGAAUACUGCAGUGCAGCCACUCGUAAUAAAUAAGUAAUGAUGACAAAAACAGCUGUAGUUAGAAACUAAAGGUACAAAAUAUUUUCCCCCAAUUUCGCUCCUUCCCGUCUCUUUCAGUUGGAGUGUGUCUGGUAUUUAAUCAGCUGCACAGGUGAACUUUUUCCUGUCUGGAUAAAUAAAAACUGUAUUCUUGGUUUUCAGUCUUAAAGUUCUGGCCUGUGAGAGGAGAAGAGCAAAGGGAGGAGGCGGCAGACUGAACUGCCUUCACUGCCCAGCAAGAGGCAUCAUUCUCACACCUUAUUGGUGAAAAGGUGCAAGGGGAGGAGCUCCGUGGCUUCUUCGUUUGAUAAGCAGUGAGAAUGAGCCCAGGAGGCAAAGUGUCACAGGGUGUUUUACAAAAGCAUCCUCAAACCAGGAUCAAACUCAGAAAAAUAGCCAAAAACAAUUCAGCAGAAUCGGAGACAUUGUGACUGUUGGCCUGUGUUACAGGUUCAUUUCCAAAAUCUGCUCCUUGAAACUGCAUUUCCCAUAAUGUCGACAUAACAUAUCCUACAACUGUUUCCACGGGAUAAGCCAGUAAGCUUAACCUAAUGCAAGUACAACUGCAAUUUAAUGUAAUUCAGAGUUUCAAAGUAAAGGUUUAAACAUAAAUGGAAAACGGUCCUAACUUGUUUUUAAAUAAAAUCAUCUGCAGUUGCAGAUAAUUACAAAGUUUUUGGAUGCUUGGAAAAACCCUGCCUAACUGGACAUAAUCAGCCUCACGUUAAUACUCUCAAUGUUAUUGAUUGUUAUGGAUGCUUUAUUAAGAGAUGCACAGUUUUUGUAUCAAUGUAAAAACAAAAUGCUCUUAUUCAGCUCAGUAAAGUUCAGUAGCCACUUAAUUUUAAAUAUAAUGUACCUGAAAUUGUUUUUUUUCUUCCUCUCUGGUUGUAUUUGUGGUGGCGGCCGUUUUACGGCGCCAACUGUAUCCAUUUUAUUUGCAAUAAAACUUUUGGUGUUUUGAUCACCGUAUAGAGAAGCAUAA